CAUCGCCCAACACUAUAUAAAGGGUGGUCUCCUCCAUACUUUUCCACCAUCAUUCAAACAAAGAAUCACUUUACAAGAAUCUUAAAGAAAAUGGUAUUGAACAUUGGACAACCCGCUCCCGACUUCAAGGGUACUGCCGUCGUUAACGGUGCUUUCGAAGAAAUCUCCUUGUCCCAAUACAAGGGUAAGUGGGUCUUCUUGGGCUUCUACCCUCUCGACUUCACUUUCGUCUGCCCUACUGAAAUUGUCGCUUUCUCUGAAGCCGCUGGCAAGUUCGCUGAACGUGGUGCUGAAGUUAUCUUGGCCUCCACUGACUCUGAAUACUCUCACCUUGCCUUCAUCAACACUCCCCGUAAGGACGGUGGUUUGGGUGGUAUCAAGAUCCCCCUCUUGUCUGAUGCCAACCACAAGAUCUCCCGUGACUAUGGUGUCUUGAUCGAAGACGCUGGUGUCGCUUUCCGUGGUCUCUUCUUGAUCGACCCCAACGGUGUUUUGCGUCAAAUCACCAUCAACGACCUUCCCGUCGGUCGUUCCGUCGAGGAGUCUCUUCGUCUUUUGGAUGCUUUCCAAUUUGUUGAAGAGCACGGUGAAGUUUGCCCUGCUAACUGGCAAAAGGGUGCUGAUUCCAUUGAUACUAAGGACCCCUCCAAGUACUUUGGUAAGCAAUAAAUGAAUUCGUCCUCGGAAUGAUUUUGUAAGGUCACUUGUUUUCUGGUGCCCUUAUUAGGACUUUUUUAUUUUCUAUUUUGUUGCUAGCUAUAUUUUAGAUGAAUUCAAUUUUGUUCUCGUUGA